CUUGUUGGGCGCGCGCUGAGAAGAAAACUAUUUGAAAAAAAAAAUGGCGGACAAACAUUUGGGAGCUGAACAUGACGGCUGCGGAAGUGUCGCCGUUGCUGAAAACCAGAAUGAAUCUCUGCAUGCCAAGGUUAACUCAGUAACACAGACGUCGAAAAGAUGCUCCUCCACAAGCCCGGGCACAGCUCCCCCACACAAAUCUCCCCGUACCGACUCCCUGUCACCCACCUUACAGACGCCAGAUGUAAGAGAAGGACAUUCAGAGACAGACGAACAAGGAACGGAGAUAGAAAAUACGGAAGGACCUUCAGGUUCUUCUGUCAGCCCCACUGCACGGAGGAAAUCCUGGAGGAGAGCCACCAUAACCCGACGCUCUCUCCCUGCUCUGCCCAAUCCUUAUCAGGUUUUGUGCAGGAGCAUAAGUACAUCCUUGUCGCAGCAAGAGAGACUGGAGAAACUGAUGGAGGCUUCAAUGAGGCUGGCAAUUGAAAGAACUCAAAAUUCGCUCCAGUCAGUGCCAAAUACAUCACUGGAGUGUUUUCAAAAACAAGUUGAGCACAUUCAGAAAGAGUGGGGUUAUCUUGCCAAAAGCAUACACGGUGAACUACAGGGUCAUCAACUCCCUGCUCGUGCAGCCAGUUCAUGUGAUCCUGCAGUGCAGAGAGCCAUGAAAAAAGUCCAGAAAGCCAUCAACAGACUCCAGGCUGAAAGUGAGUCUUGGGAGGCUCUGUUAAACAAACACCGGGGCAAAGCAGAGGAAUUGAAAAGGAAAGUGGAGCAGGGCCAGGAGAGAGGCUUAUCAUUAGACUCUACAUGUGUGGCCCAGUCUUCACAGUACCUUUUCAUACAGAACAAACCUGACUACCACAGUCUCCUCUGUAGACAAGAGCCCAUGCUUCACACCAUAGCAAUGAUUAUGGACACUCAGUGUAAGAUGGUUAGAGAGCUUCUGUCAGUCAAGGAGCAGUCACAGUUAUUGGUGAAAGAGACCAGUGGCCGAUUGGCGGCAGAGGCAGGAUUCCAGGAUCUUUCACAUGACCCAGUCAAGAACCUUAUGGCAGCACCUUUAUCCUCUGCAGCAACCACAUAGUCACAUUGGCAGGAGGCGAGCACAAGCUGUCAGUCCUCUUAACAGACCACGGCGCUAUGGCUUGUAUAUGAGCUUAUAUAUGUGUACUCUCUGGUAAUUUUACUGUUAUGUGAUUUAAGAGCAUCUAGUCCCUUUGCUCUGUUUUUGUUGUAUCUUCUUUUGUGCAUAAACUAAACUCUAAUUUCACGUUUUCUGUGUCAAAUAAAAGCAUUUCAGUCAAUAGAAUUACAGGUAAUAGAGCUAGUUCAGGUAAUUCAUGUGCAUGAACAGCAGGUGGCAGUGGUUGGCUUUACAAAACUGACAAGCUUGGUGACUGGCUGGGGUGGAUUUUUCAGUUAAGCCUGAAUUAAGUGCAUUCUCACCUGUAAAACCUGAAAUUGUUAAAACUAGACUGCUUGCUGUUAGAAAUUAAGGUAUAUCCAAAUGUUCAUAUAUAUCUAUAUAUAUGUGUGCAAACAUCCUGCUAAAUAAGAUUACUGGUCAUUCCUUUUAAAAUAAAGACU